CAGGGCACAAAGAUGCUUAGGCUGGGCUGCACCAAACCUGGGUCCUGGGCCAGCUUCUGGGCCAUCCUGACCCUAGUGGGCCUGGUCGCUCGUGCAGCCCAGAAAACCGAUGUCGGCGGGGAGUCAACGGGCACCUCCAUCAACCACUCCCAGACGCUGCUCCAACGCCUGCAGGAGCUGCUGCGGCAGGGCAAUGCCAGCGACGUGGUGCUGCGGGUCCAGGCUGCGGGCACCGACGAGGUCCGAGUCUUCCACGCCCACCGCCUGCUGCUGGGACUGCACAGUGAGCUGUUCCGGGAGCUGUUGAGUAACCAGAGCGAGGUGGUGCUGCAGGAGCCCCGGGACGGUGCUGCUGUCUUUGACAAGUUCAUCAGGUACCUCUACUGCGGCGAACUGAUCCUGCUGCUGGCGCAGGCCAUCCCCCUGCACAGGCUGGCCACCAAGUACGGCGUGUCCUCCCUACAGCGGGGCGUGGCCGACUACAUGCGCGCGCACCUGGCGGGCGGUGCGGGUCCGGCGGUGGGCUGGUACCACUACGCGGUGAGCACCGGGGACGAGGCCCUACGCCAGAGCUGCCUGCAGUUCCUGGCCUGGAACCUGUCGGCCGUGGCGGGGAGCGCCGAGUGGGGCGCCGUGAGCCCCGAGCUGCUGGCGCAGCUGCUGCCGCGCUCGGACCUGGUGCUGCAGGACGAGCUGGAGCUGUUCCACGCGCUGGAGGCGUGGCUGGGCCGCGCGCGGCCGCCCCCCGCCGUGGCCGAGCGGGCGCUGCGCUCCAUCCGCUACCCCAUGAUCCCGCCGGCGCAGCUGUUCCAGCUGCAGGCGCGCUCGGCAGCCCUGGCGCGCCAUGGCCCGGCGGUGGCCGACCUCCUGCUGCAGGCCUACCAGUUCCACGCCGCCUCGCCGCUGCACUAUGCCAAGUUCUUCGACGUCAACGGCAGCUCCUUCCUGCCCCGCAACUACCUCGCGCCCGCGUGGGGCGCCCCGUGGGUCAUCAACAACCCGGCCCGCGACGAUCGCAGCACCAGCUUCCAGACGCAGCUGGGCCCCAGCGGCCACGACUCGGGCCGCCGGGUCACGUGGAACGUGCUCUUCUCGCCGCGCUGGCUGCCCGUCAGCCUGCGGCCCGUCUACGCGGAUGCCGCGGGCACCGCGCUGCCCCUCGCGCGCCCCGAGGACGGCCGGCCGCGGCUCGUGGUCACGCCGGCCAGCAGCGGCGGCGACGCGGCGGGCGUGAGCUUCCAGAAGACCGUGCUGGUGGGGACGCGCCAGCACGGCCGCCUGCUGGUCCGCCACGCCUACAGCUUUCACCAGAGCAGCGAGGAGGCCGGCGACUUCCUGGCGCACGCCGACCUGCAGCGGCGCAACUCCGAGUACCUGGUGGAGAACGCCCUGCACCUGCACCUCAUCGUGAAGCCCGUCUACCACCCCCUCAUCCGGACCCCCAAGUAGCCAAGCGGGGCCCGGGGCGGGAAGCUCGGCGUCCCUGAGGCCUCUGGAUCGGGAAAUACAGGCCCGGCACAGAUGGGCCAGAGGGACCAGGAGUGGCAUGGCCAGUGGAGGGGCCCACCCUGGCCCCUUGGGUGGAAUCCAGCUGAGGGGUGGUAGACCAGAUGCCUGGUUUCAGGAGCUGAUUUCAUGCUGACUUGAAGGUAACACGGUAGAAUAAACCAAUGCUCAGAGAGGCGAGGGGAUGAUUAAACCACCCAGUUCAUGGGUAAAAGCCGUCCAAGGAGGGCUGCACAGGUCAGGGGCUCCCCAUCUUUCUUUAGCUUUUCCCUGAGGGCCGCACCUCCACAGGGAACAGGGCAGGUAAGAGCAUCCAACUGGUCACGGCACUGGGUACCACUGUGGGAGCUUCUCACCCUGAAGCUGGGGGGCUUAG